CCCACUCCAAAUCCUCACUGCUGUUCUUCCGUCAUGUUCCCUAUGCUCUCUGUUUAUUUACACAUCUUUAUUGAUUAAACUCGGUCUAACAAACUGAUUUGUUAGAACACCCAGAACCGUAUGAUGUUCUCUGUUUUACAGAAAACAUGAGCAACUGUGUUGGAGUUAGAAGCGAAGCUCGUUUUAAGCGUUUUCAUCGGUAAACACGUCCAGCCCUCUCGGUGCUAGCCUUGUGGCUCCCCAACACCUUGUCAACAAGUGAGUCCGCCACCAUGGACUGCACGGCGCUGGAGCAUGACGCCGUCAAGUUCGCCAAGACAGCUGUCACCUGCGACCACAACGGGAAGUAUAACGAGGCUGUGUUUUACUACAAGGAAGCUGCGCAAGCGCUGAUCUACGCAGACAUGGCUGGGUCUAAACUGGACGGCAUCCAGGACAAAGUUAACGAAUACCUGGAGAGAGUCCAAGCCCUCCACAAUGCUGUCCAGGGGCAGAGCAUAGACCCACUGAAGAGCCGGCAGCAAGUGGACCUGGAACGGGCUCACUUCUUGGUGACCCAGGCGUUCCAGGAGGACGAGAAGGGGAACGGCGACGAGGCCAUUGAGCUGUACUCCCAGGCUGUGGAGCUGUGCAUCCAGACGUCCAACGAGACCACGGAGCUGACCGUUCAGACCAAGCUGAAGCAGCUGGCUCUCCAGGCCUUGGAGCGGGCGGAAGGGCUUAAAGAAUCCCAGUCCAAAUCUUCUACAGCCCAGCCUCAGGUCGCGGCCAAGCCUAGUGGCGGUACCUCUUCGGGAGCUCCCGCACGUCAGUUCUUCCCCCUUGGUCAAGACUUCACCAUCCAUGAUCGGCCACAGCCAAUGCGGGCGGUACAGUCCAGUGACCCCCAGGGACAGCGCUAUACGUCAGAGGAAAUCGAGGUGCUCAGGAGUACGUCAACAAUCAACGGCAUGGCCUACGUGCCCUUUAUGAGCGUGGAUCUGAGAGAGCGGUUUGCCUUCCCUGUUCCCUUCUCGGACAAGACAGGCAAGUUGGCACUGUCUCCCAAGCAAAAAGCCAUCUUCUCUCGCUGGGUGCGGCCGGACGAGAUCUGCAACAGCCCCACCAUGAUCCUGUCUGUGUCCAGCUUCAGCAUCAAGCAGACUGUGGUGUCUGACUGUUCCUUUGUGGCGUCGUUGGCCAUCAGCGCUGCCUACGAGAGGCGCUACAACAAGAAGCUCAUCACCAGCAUCAUCUACCCCCAGAACAGACGAGGUGAGCCAGAGUACAACCCCUGUGGGAAGUACAUGGUCAAGCUCCACAUCAACGGCGUUCCUCGGAAGGUGAUCAUCGAUGACUUCCUGCCGGUGGAUCGUAACGGGGAGCUGCUCUGCUCCUACUCCAGCAACAGGAGCGAGCUGUGGGUCUCCCUCAUCGAGAAGGCCUACAUGAAGGUGAUGGGAGGCUACGACUUUCCAGGGUCCAACUCGAACAUUGAUCUGCACGCGCUCACUGGCUGGAUCCCGGAGCGCAUUGCCAUGCACUCUGACAAUCACUCGUUCAUUAAGGACGACACCUUCCGCAUGCUUUACUCAAGGUUUCACAGGGGAGAUGUCCUCAUCACCACGGCAACGGGAGUGAUGACAGAGGAGGAGGGAGACAAGUGGGGGCUGGUGCCCACACACGCCUACGCUGUCCUUGACAUCCGAGACCACAAGGGGAGGCGUUUCCUCCAACUGAAGAACCCCUGGAGCCACUUGAGAUGGAAGGGCCGCUUCAGUGAGCGGGACGAGAAGAACUGGACCCCAGAGCUCCUCAAGUACCUCAACUUUGACCCCAAGACGGCCCAGAAGUUUGACAACGGUGUCUUCUGGAUUGCAUGGGAGGACCUUUGCCAGUACUUUGAUGUCAUCUACCUGAGCUGGAGCCCCGCCCUGUUCAAGGAAUCCUCCUGCAUUCACAGCAGCUGGGAUGCGAAACAGGGUCCAGCGAAGGAUGCGUACAGCCUAGCCAACAACCCCCAGUACAGACUAGAGGUGCAGUGUCCAGCAGGGGGCGCUGCUGUUUGGGUUCUUCUCACCAGGCACAUCACUGACAAGGAUGACUUUGCACAAAACCGGGAAUUCAUCACCCUUGUGGUCUACAAGACAGAUGGCAGGAAGGUGUACUACCCAGCGGACCCCCCGCCCUUCAUCGACGGUAUCCGCAUCAACAGCCCCCACUACCUGACCAAGAUCAAGCUGACCUCGGCUGGCACCCACACCUUCACCCUGGUCGUCUCCCAGUACGAGAAGCAGAACACCAUUAACUACACCCUGCGGGUGUACUCGGGCUGCAAGUUCUCCUACACCAAGAUCCCGACCCCCUUCACCCAUACCAAGAGGGUGACGGGCCAGUGGAAGGGCGCCAGCGCGGGGGGUUGUGGGAACUACAAGGACUCGUACAAACACAACCCCAUCUACCAGUUCAACCUGGAGCGGGCCGGCCCGCUGCUGGUCGAGCUCCGCGGUCAGAGACAGUACAGCGUAGGGUUCGAGGUGGUCACCGUGUCCACGGUCGGGGAACCUGGCCCAGCAGGCUUCCAGAAGAGGGCCAGUGGAGACUACAGGUGUGGGUUCAGCUACCUGGAGCUUGACCAUGUGCCUGCUGGCAUCUACAACGUCAUCCCCACCACCUUCCUGCCCAAACAGGAAGGACACUUCUUCCUGGACUUUAGCAGUGCCAUGGCCCUCAAGGUCUCCCACCUCCAAUGAGGGGGGAGAGAGAGAGAGAGAGAAGAGAGAGAGAGAGAGAGAGAGAGCAUGAGCAUUUGGGAUAGCCCUAAAGCCAUACCUUGGAUGUCGUUUCAAGGACCUUUGAUUUAUGCCAAAGCCAGCCACAGUUUGGACUGUGGGCACAGGUCAUCUUCUGUGGAUAAAUACUUGUGAGUACUUUGGGGCUGAGCGAGGGGGAGUCGUCGUAUUGGUCAGGAGGCUCUGAUCCAGACUGCAGGAGAACCACCGAGACUUGUUAUAUGGCUGGAAAACCAUCAUCAGUGGGGCAGUCAUCUGAUCUGUGGACCUCAGAAACCAUGAAAACACACGCAGCACUUUUCACACAUGGCCUCUCUACCACCUUAGAGAGGUCACACCCUUGGUUUGGCCUUUUCUUUUUUUCUCCGCUAGCAUUGACAUACUGCAGGUUACAUGACAUAGCUCUGCACUCAAUAGAUUCACAGGGUACCGCUUCUAUUAGGUCAAACAGGUCGGUUUUGUUCCCGGAGAUGAUUAUUGUAAUUUAUUGAUUACAAAGGGAAUGCUAUUAUUGACUAAUAUUUUCAAUGUGCCAAAUGAAGAUGAUACGGAUGAAAAUUAUAUUACUUUCAAUUUCUACUAAAGAAACUGCAAUGCAAACAUUCUGAUCAAAAAGAUUACAUUUAUUUAAGACCGCAAAGCACUAACGUAUUAAUGUCGGAAGCAAUAGCAUUUUGGUUUCCAUGGAGCCAAAUCCAUUGCCCAUCAAACAGAAUCAAAGCUAUCUUAAAAUCUAUUUGAACCCACCAUUAACUUGUGCAACAGCAGUUCAUGCUUAAAAACAUUUGAACAGGGGUUUGCUUGGUAAAGUGAGUAAAAUUCAGAUUGUUGACUAAUUUCUGUCAGAUCUGUGCUGUUAUACUUUUUGUUGAUUGAUACAGGGUAGGAAACGGGAAACUCAAACCACAUGUGAGGCUCAUGUUAACCUGUGCACGAUUUCCACAGGCUGUUGGGACUGAAAGGAACAGGGAUUAUGAUGGGUUUAAGUUUUAAUGAAUGGAUGGAAAAGUGAAUAAAGGGACCUAUGGAAUGGUAAAUAUAGACUUCAGUGAAUGAAUGAUGCUGUGUUAAUUCUCAGGUGUAAGUCCUCAUCAUUUCAUCUGUAAUGUAUGACAAACUUUUAUUUGAGGUUUACAGCCUAAAUCUUGUGUGUAGGGGAGCAAGAGGCCUAGAAAUGUAUCUGAAUGUUGAACAUGCAUGAUCAACUUCUCAGUUUAGAAGUAGGGGCUUGGUGAGGGAAUGUAUUGCCAAUCUGAUAUUUUUAAUUCGUACCUACCUACCUAUGCACUUAUUUUACGUCAAUCUUGUCAUAUUUCAUAAACUGUCAACUGUAACUGAAAACAACUUUAAAGGCAGUGACAUACAUACUGAAAUUAUUUUGUUUUUACUUUUGACUCUUGAUCAUUUAUGUGAGUAAAUAGGUAUUUGUUGACGAGGGAUUAAGUUUGGUUUGAAAACUGUGAACAAAAUACUCAGACAAUACUAAUCGCCGAUAGACCGUAUUUUGAACUCAGAAAUAUAUAUAUUUCUUAUUUUCUUGUUCUCUCCAUCAUCACUUGUUCAAAAUGUAAGCGAUCUCCAGCUUUUCUCUCCUAUUUUACAGAAGAAAGCUUAGACCGUAUUUUGAACUCAGAAAUAUAUAUAUUUCUUAUUUUCUUGUUCUCUCCAUCAUCACUUGUUCAAAAUGUAAGCGAUCUCCAGCUUUUCUCUCCUAUUUUACAGAAGAAAGCUUAGUCGGUCAAGCUUUCACAAAGGGCUUUAAACAAGUGUAUUUCUACAGCAACCAUUGUAUGGUGUGGAUUUGAAGCCUUUCAAUACUUUUUAUUUUGCAGUUUACUACUGCUUCUCAGUCUGUGUUCGUGGUGGCCCCUGCCGCCAGAAACAUGAUCGGUCGGAACAAAUGUGAAGCUAAAUAAGCUGCACACCAAUAUUUAAUCUUUAUUAUAUUCUAGAUAUGAAUCUAAAGUCUGAUGAUACCACUUUAGACUUGGGAUAUUAAUCUAAAUAUCAAGUUCACUUGGAUUGAAAAAUAAAUAUCAAGGAGUCUGAAAAGCUUGUCAGUACAACCAAA